AUGGAAAAAAGUCCCUUCACUUUCUUAGCAGCUUCCAUCCUCAGCUCUUGUCUCCUGUUAACUCAAGCCCAAGUAACCAAGUAUAACAUCCCAGUUUUCAUGAACCCAUCAAAUGCAAUAGAAGGGCAGAGAAUCAACUUAACGUUAGGAUAUGCCCCAGCCACGUUCUUUCUCUGCAACUGGUACAGAGGGGCAGAGAGUAAGGAAAACUUGAUUGUCACUGUCUACCUACCGCCGUUAAGUGGAAAUGUGUUUGGACCUGCCUACACUGGGCGAGAAAUUCCAGACCCCAACUGCUCUCUUCUCAUUGGAAAUCUAAAUUAUGACGACUCUGGAACCUACAUAGUGACAAAAGAUGGAGCUUCAGUAUAUGGAAGAGGAGAGACAAGCAUAGAAAUCCUAGCUCCAGGCUUAUUGCCCAAGCCAAGCGUGUCCAUCAUCCAGCUUUUCAGAGAACAUAUGGAUUCUGUCCACCUAAAGUGCGAUGCAACGGUGAGAUCUGCAAAUGUCAUCUGGUUCCAGAAUGGGAAACCACUCAACUCCAGCCCUCGGAUUAGGCUGUCUGAUGAUAAUCAGAUUCUCACCAUCCAGCCCCUUCUCCGUAAUGAUUCUGGGGUGUAUCAGUGUCAAGGGUCCAACCCCUUAUCUGUUGAAAGGAGCAACAUCGCCAACAUUUCUGUGAUUUAUGGUCCAGAUUCCCUUGGGAUCAAGAUGACUGCGAAGUUUCCUGUCCAGCCAUCAAGCCUCAAACUCACCUGCAAAGCCCAUUCGUUUCCUGAAGCAGAGUAUCGUUGGUUCUACAAUGGGAAGGAAUUCAGCAAAAUGGCUGAACUGCUUCUCAAGAACAUUCAGUUGGGGAAUUAUACCUGCCAGAGCGGGCGCCAGUUCCAGAGGGCUGUGCGGCGCAAGAGCGCAGCCGGCCCCGGGUGCCUGCGCAGGAGAACUUCCCAGACCGCGUCCCCCUCGGGUGCAGGGGAGGGUCCUGGGGACUUUCCCCCGCCCGCCGGACCCCCAAGGCUCCGCGGUCACCCUCCAAAUCCACGUUCCGCCCGGCCUGCCUGCCUCGUGGCCUCCCCGCCGCCCGGGACCGGACAGGACCGGUCUCGCGCUCCCCCGGGAGCUGCCCCUUUGCUCCGGUCGCCGGCGGGGAUGGAGGCGUCUCGUGCUGGGCCCCCUGGCCGAGGGUCCCGGCUGCCUGCUCGGCCUCCGCUCCGCGCCCGAGUCGGAGGCUCCGGGGGAGGAAGAGGAGCGGGGAAACUCAGGCGUCCGGCGGAGCGGGGGGAGCCGGGCGUCGCCCCGGUGGAGGGGACCCGGUGGAGGGGCUGCGGCCCAGCGGCGCUCCUGGCAGCCAUGCUGCUGAUGAAUUCCUGCAUUCAGCUGACUGGAGGCCAAGAUGCGGCCAACACGGAUAUUCCAGUAAGAUUGACACCACUGAAUCCUACCAAAGGACAGAACGUCUUCCUUACCCCCGGGUCGGAUUCUGAGAAUUUUACAAGAUGCAGCUGGUACCGAGGAACAGAGGCUAACACGGUGAAACUGAUAUUUACCUAUGACCAACCUGUGUUUUACAUGGUUGGAGAUGCCUACACUAGUCGGGAGACUUUAGGCGCCGGCUGCUCCCUUCACAUUGAGCAUUGUGUGAUGGAGGACUCAGGAACAUACACAAUGACUAUGGAAGGAAGUGUGAUUGCAACAGGACAAGUCAACUUAGGUGUCUCAGGCACCAUCCUCCAUUCUAGCUUCAGGCUGACUCAAGCUGAAAAUAUAACGCUUAUUGAGGUGAAGCCUCAAAAUCCAAUGGAGAGGUUUGAAGUUAUGUUGAUCCCACCAGGACCUGCAGAUGAUAUUAUCAUCUGCACCUGGUCCCGUGUGUCAAUAGACGGCACAGUGAAAGAAAUCGUGAUGCUGAUACGGUCUCCAGUUAAUAUGAACACUACAGGACCAGGAUACACUGGACGGGAAACCAUCUUCCCAAAUUGCUCCCUUCACAUCCAGGACUUAGAAUUAAGUGAUGCUUCAAACUACACACUGACGGAAACAGGAAGUGGAAAUGUCCAUGUAGAAACUGUAAGCUUCGCUGUCCAAGAGGUCCUGCCCAAGCCAUAUGUGACUGUCUUUCCAUCCCCUUUCCUUGUGGAAUCUGUCCCCGUUCAUCUACGGUGCAACACAAAUAUCACAACAGAUGUUAAGUGGCUUAAGGACACAAAACCUGUCAAUAGUCCCUACCUCACAGACGAUAACAGGACUCUCUCCAUUCCAUCUGUAACCAGGAAUGACACUGGGGGAUAUCAGUGCCAGGUUUCCAAGACCGUCAGCACAGCAAUAAGUGCUCCUGCAUACCUCAGUGUGAUCUAUGGUCCAGGGAUACCUGUAAUCCAGCCAACGAAACAUUGUUAUGAAGAACACAGCCGCAUCUUCCUCUCCUGCUCAGCUGAUUCAUUUCCACAGCCACUGUAUUUUUGGUUUCAUAAUGGAAAGGCAUUAUAUUCCGGGCCAAUAUUAUUCAUUGAAGAUUUCACUGAGGACAAAACCGGCAACUAUAUCUGCAAAGCCAAAAAUGAACUCCUUAACAAACAAACAAGGAGCAAAGUUCAUCAGAUUUACUUGACGAAAAGUUGUGUAAGUGAGGUCACCAUCACUGGUCCAUCAGAGGCCAUAGAGGACAAGCCUAUCUCCUUGACCUGCACAUCAAGAGGUGACAAUGUUUCUUAUUCUUGGACCAAAGAAAGCCAGGUCGUGCAUCCAGAUGGCCACAUCGUUUUGACAAACAACAACCAGACCCUUGAGUUUAACCCAUGUUACCGAAGCGAUGCUGCUGACUAUAAGUGCCAUGCUUCCAACAGCUUCUCUUCCAAUGAAAGUGACCCCUAUCAUCUAGAUAUCAUCUAUGGACCUGACCCUCCUAUUAUCAAUGAGACAAUUGACGUCCCACAAGCACAACUCAAUCUAACUUGCAAAGCUGCUGCAUUUCCUGUCUCAGAGAACGUAUGGUUUCACAAUGGGUUGCCAGUUGCAGGGAAUCCCAGGAUGCUCACUCUGGAUAUCAUCCCAGCAAACUCUGGGAAUUACACUUGUCGAGCGACAAAUACCCACUCUGGGCUGAUACGUGCAACCACCCUGGAAAUUGACAUGAUAGGAAAGCGAAAAAGCUUAAAACGGAAAUGAGGAACGGA